CCGUCACAAUGUAGUCCCAUAAUAAAAUCGUCAGCCGUGAGCUCUUAUGAGCUCACCGUGGAUUAGUCUCGAUCAAUCGAUCGAGGAUACCACGUAAAAUCUUGUGUUCUGUGUUCGUUUAUUUCCGCGUCAUCAAAUUCUUCAUGGUAUCAGAGCGAACCUCGGUCCAUUGUUAGGGUUUUCGCUUCCAUCCUCUUUUUGGUUCUUCUGCGCGUUGUCCUCGUCAUGUCCGAUGAGUCCGCAUCGGAGUCGAAGGGAUCUGUCCUCCCUGAUGUCAUCGAUCGUGAAGAAGAAGUUAUGUCUUUCAGCUUUUAUGCUGAAGUUUGUUCGAUGGUCACACCUAGGCGAAGGUUCACCACUGUUGAUUCGGAUGAGCAGUCUAGCUCUCCAUACGUCCAGUCAACCCAUCGUUGGUUGGGUAUUCGGUUCCGCCCUGAAUCGUCGGCCAACGAAGUCUCAUCACAGCUCGGAACAAUCCUACCGCCGUCACUCCGUCCAGUCACUGCCGCUUCGCCGGCUCACUCAUCCGUCCAGUCACUGCUCGUCAAGUUUUCUUUUGGAUUUCGUUGCUUAAAGCAGUCCCGAUGUCGGCUUGCAACAGUGCCCACGCUAGUCCGGGUAGUCGUCGCAUCCCGUCAAAGUCACCAUUCAAUUCCACCCAGUUCGUCCGCUUGAUGCUCCUAAUCGGCUGUUCAGCCCAGUUUCGAAUCUAUUGAACGAAGUCAAUUGUUGCGGGCUUGUGGCCGGGUCAUCUUCAUCAAACACUCCCAGCUGCCGCCUAGUUACUUCAGUUUGGAGACAGGUUCAGUCUAAGGCAUUCACCGGCAUUGUGUUUUGUCGAGAAGCCUUGUCGUCAUCAGCGGAUCAUCUUCAUCAUGGUCGAUAAAUAUUACAUGGAAAGUUUGGGUUCUAUGAAAGGAGGUCACAAUGGGUUCUUCAGAGCUCAUGGAAAUCCAACGUCAAUUAUAAACUGUGACAAUUCAA